GCCGCAGUUACACAGCAUCUGCACAUCUCUAGUUGUUGUUAUUCGGUGGUGCGUUGAAUUCAUAUUUGUUUUCGGUUGUAGCAUUUAAAAGAUCCAGAAAAAAAGACUAAUAGAUAAUAACAUGGCUAAUGUUGAGUCAAUGAUUGUGGAAGAGAAGACACAGAUCAAGCAAAUUGAUCGCGAGAAGACCUGUCCGCUGUUGCUGCGUGUGUUUUGCUCCACGGGCCGGCACCACUCCGUCUCCGAGUAUAUGUACGGCAAUGUGCCCACCAACGAGCUGCAGAUCUACACCUGGCAAGAUGCGACGCUGCAUGAGCUUACCUCGCUGGUGCGCGACGUGAAUCCGGAUACGCGCAAAAAGGGCACCUACUUUGAUUUUGCGAUUGUGUUCCCCAAUUAUCGCAAUAAUCAUUUUCAAAUGCGCGAAAUUGGUGUCACCUGCACUGGUCAGAAAGGCAUCGACGAUAACAAGACGCUGGCUCAGGCCAAGUUCAGCAUUGGCGACUUUCUGGAUAUCUCCAUAACGCCACCAAAUCGCAUGCCGCCCACGCGACGCCAGCGCCCCUACUAAGUCAGCAGAAUUUACAGGCUAUUCAUAUAAUUUUUCACUUUAAAUAAUAAUAAAGUACAGACAGAUUAGUAAAAUUAA